AUGACGGCUGAAUGGGCUGAGGAGAAGACUAACAAUUGUAUUUCCUUGUUCAGGAACUCGGAGAGAGCUAAGAUCUCAUCUGGAUAUGAGGACAUAUCAUCUCAGAGUUACCUGAUCAGUUCAGGACGUCCAGCAGUUUACCAGCUGAAACCAAAAGUCCAACAUAUUGGAACCCUGAAGAGACUGACCGUUGGUGAAAAGAAGUCUCCGGAAAAUAAAACCAUCCUACUUGUUGGUGAAACAGGAACAGGAAAAUCUACUCUGAUCAACGCUCUGGUCAACUACACCAUGGGAGUGAAGUUUGAGGAUGAAGUCUGGUUUAAGAUAGUAGAGGAGGAGGAGAAAAGUCAGACAGAGAGUCAGACACCAGAUGUGAUCGUCUACGACAUCUUUGGGUUGGAGGAUGAAACUCUGCCCUUCUCUCUGACCAUCAUUGAUACUCCUGGGUAUGGAGACACCAGAGGGAACGAGUAUGAUGCCAUCAUCAAUCGGAGAUUGCUCGACUUGUUUGAAUCAAAGGAUGGAGUUCAUGAAAUGAAUGCGGUUGGUUUGGUGCUGAAGGCGAGUGACAAUCGAGUCAGCGGCCGCAUGACGUACAUCUUUGACUCAGUGAUGUCUCUGUUUGGAAAAGACAUGGAGAAAAACAUCAUAGCUCUCAUGACGCACUCAGAUGGGAUGCCACCGAAAAAUGCUCUUCAGGCUCUUCUAAAAACAAACAUUAAAUGUGCCAAAAAUGAGAAGAAUCAGCCGGUUCACUUCCUGUUCAAUAUCUGUCAGGAGAAUCAGAUAGACGAAGACACUAAGGUGUCUUUGGAGAACGCAUGGCGACUAACGACGAAGGGAAUGCAGCAAUUUUCUGAGUUCCUGGAGAAAACUGGAUCUCAGGAGCUGAAAACCACAGUGGACGUUCUGAAGUCCCAAAUACGACUGACAGCAUCCAUCCACAACCUGCAAGAAAGAAUCAAGUUCACUGAGAAGAUGAAGGAAGACAUUGAGAAGACACAAAUGCAGCUGAAGUUACACGAGAUCCAACUGAAAAAUGACAAGAACUUCAUCUUUGAUUCGGAGGAGUCCUUCAAAGAACUGGAGAAAUACGGUGGCGGAUGGUCAUGGUUUUCAUAUGAUGGAGUCACUCGCUGCGAAACUUGUCAAGAAAACUGUCAUUACCCAUGCACUGAUGCCUGGGCCGCCCGAUUUUGUACGGUCAUGGGAACUAGUACUUGCAACGUGUGUAAAUGUUCUGUUAGCCAACAUGUGAAAGACAGACAUAGGUACGUCAUCAAGACCAGGAAGGUCAAGACAACCGUAGAAGAACUGAAGAAAAAAUUCCAAGCAAAUGUGAGUGACACGUCUGGUCUUCUGGAUGCGCUAGAUGGGAAGAAGAAGGAGAAUGAAGAAAAGAUAAAGCAGUUGGUGGAGGAGGCCUUCAAUUGUGUACUGAAGCUGCGAGAUUCUGCUCUGACCGUGAAGACCAUGUCUACCCAGGCAUAUCUGGGUGUGCUCAUCAAGAAGAUGCGGGAGUUUGGGAAAAUGGAGGAAGUCCAGAUUCUGGAGGAGAUGGACGCUCAGAUGGACGAGGGAAGCAAAUCAUUGCUGGCCAGGAUUUUUGGUUAA